AUGUAUCCAACCUCGCUGCUCCCCAUCUUGUUCUCACUGUUCCUACUCCAUCAACGCACGCAUGCUGAGUGUGAACCAGUGACAUGCGGGGAACUUCCCAUCAAGUACCCAUUCUGGCUCGGCGGCCCAAGCUAUCCGUCGAAUUCCUCCUGCGGCCACCCGGCCUUCGAGUUACGGUGCACCGGCAACAGCACCUCCACAACGUGGGCCCUGUGGAAUGCGAGGAACAAAGCCCUCAUCGAAGGAAAGGUGUUCAAGCAGCCCGCCGACCUGGUUUACAAGAUGAUUAUCUUCCUGCAGCUGUGGAAGCCCCUUGGUAGGAGGCAAGACCAGGGCCGCACGGGCACGCUCAUCGACAGCCUUCGGGUUCAGUGCAAUCGGCUUCUUGUGGAGACUAGACGCAAUAAUACCUAA